AUGUUUGAUAAAUCGCAGCAAGCAAGCGUAAGAUUGUUGCACCGAAUCGGGCAGUGGGACGUGCGAAACGUGCAAAAAUGGCAAGUCAGCCAGAAAGCGAGGACGUCAAUCAAACUCAAACAGAACGUUGUCAAGAAACGACAACGAGAGACGACUGUUAACGAAAAAGGUGGUACGCAUACACUGGAAGAUACUCGGGCAGUAACCGAUGAUGCACUCCCGACCAUCCACACGCGAACAUCAUCAGCCAUAUUCGUGAAGGCAGUGUCCGGUUUGUCUGAGGACCAGAGACAUGCAGUCCGUGAUAUGGGAUUUGGAAGCUUGUUCGAUUUGACGAUUACAGCAACCCCGACAAAAAUGGGAUAUUGGCUGGUUGAUAACUUCAAUCAUAUGGACCGGAAGUUGCAAUUGACUAUUGAGGUCACAAGUCGGAAGAAAAAAAAAGAGUCGGGAGCGUUGAAAGAAUGGGCCGAUGUGUACAAUGUUAGCAUUGCCACCAAAAUAACGGCUACAAAGGUGUUGGACAUGAUUCAGAACUGUGGUAGAAGUGACGACUGGUUUAAACGUCAUUUUGUGGUUCUCAUGAUCACGUGUUUGUUUGAGAGCUCUCAGAACGGAGUUGCAAAUUUACGCACGGUUCACUUGCUCGAUGAUUUGUCGAAUGUGAGCAAGAUGAAUUGGUGUGCGUACCUGAUUCGGUGUCAGGUGGGUGCUAAAAAAUCAUGGACUGCUAGUCAGAAGAGCAAGAAUUUCACUGGACCUUUGCUACUUUUGACGCUGUUUUAUGUCGAUAAGGUUGUUUUAUCAAUUAGAACCGUACCGAGAUCACUACCGAUUUUUAAAUCAUGGAAUAACGGCUUGCUGAAAGCAAGAGAGCGAGAUGAGGUUGCGGCUGACGCAUUUGGGAGAGGAUAUGUUGACGAUGACAUACAUGUGUCAGAUGUUCAUCACCGUGCCGACAUACAUAGUGGCAGUCCCAUUGGGAAUGACGUGAAUCGUGCGUCAGAAGAUUUUGUUCAAGAAUUUGCAUCAAAAGCCCGUAUUCUUGCCACUACGGGUGUUGAAAUUUUACAGCUGGUCGAGAGGGUGCCAAAAGAUUUAUUAGGCGAUGAGAAUUUUAUGAAGAUGCGGGGUACCGCACAGAAGCUACUUGGGGUGUCUAAUGGCGACGUAAAAGGAAAGUCUAGUCAGCAAACUCCCAGCUGCAAUGACGAACCUUCCAUUCCCAGACCAACACAGUUAGUGGAUGACGCGUUCUGGAACGACCCCAAGAAUCUGGCUGCCUUAGAUGCUAUUAUCGAUGCUGUUGCGCAUCGACACCAUUUUAAACGGAUUCAUCAUAAAGGCCCCAGUUUUAGCUUGGGCAUGGGACUUACACCGGAUGAAGAGAAUGCUAAUGCAGGACGUUUCGAUAAUGUCAAAAAAUUCACUACUGACGGUCCUUCCAAUGUAGACGUGCCAUCAACUGAUCGCGAUGCGGUGGUUAAUGAAUCGAUCGCUGAUACAAUUCCUGAUUGCGUGCAAGGCAUCGGUGGUGAUGCGAUUGGUGACGAUCCUGUUGUUGAGGUUGGUAGACCAAAAAGGAGUCCCAAGUUUUCUAGCAUGGUUAGAUCACCUUUCCAUCAAAGGUAUAUGGACGUGGUCAAGAAUCUCGACAGCCAGGAAAAGACGGUCGUUAAUUGGGUUUUGCAAAAAGAUAACGACGAUGUGAUUAUAUAUCAAACCCUGUACCUUGAUUAUGCUGUGAAGAGAGAUGUGGUGGCAUGCUUGGCACCGAACACGUCAAUCCCCGAGGCACUUAUUGAUCUGUGGGCUCGUAUAAUGAACAUCAGUGAGAAGUUCGGGAGUCGUGGCUCAGUAGCGUGUUUCUUUGCAACCACUCGUCCGUGUAAUGAGGUGCAUUGUGAUAUAUUUAUGAUGUAUUGGAAGAAUACUUAUGAUUUUUGA